AUGAAAGAUUUUACCAAUAAGGUGGUCGUUAUUACUGGAGCAGGUUCGGGAAUUGGUCGAGCAUUGGCCAUAGAAUUUGCCAAACGUGGCGCCCAUUUGGCAUUGAAUGAUUAUAGCAUGGAUCAACUAAACGCCACUUUAGAAAAAUUACCCAGUGGCACCAAAACAUUCACCCAAGGAUUCGACGUAUCCGAUGCCCAUGCCAUGGAUGGAUUUGCUCAAUCCAUAUUGGCCCAUUAUGGUCAUGUGGAUGUGGUUAUUAAUAAUGCGGGAGUGGCUCUAUCCAAAUACAGUGUAGAAAACACCUCUUUAGAAGAUUUUAAAUGGCUAUUUGGCAUUAAUUUUUGGGGCAUGGUAUAUGGCAGUAAGUCCUUUUUGCCACUUCUAAAACAACGCCCUCAAGCGGCAUUGGUCAACGUAUCCAGUUUGUUUGGUCUUAGUGGCAUUCCCUAUCAAGCGGCUUAUUCCGCAUCUAAAAUGGCCAUUCGAGGGUUUACCGAGUCAUUGGCCAUGGAGCAAGAAUCCAGUGGAUCGCCCGUGGUCGUGUCAUCG